UGUUUAGACUCAACAUAGUAAUAUAAACAAAAAUGCACAGGACAUAUGCAUAGAGUAUUAACAGAUAAAAAAGGUAAGAUUUAGAAAGAACAAAACAAUUAACUUCAUCAACAUUUCCAGAUUUCAAGCAAUGGCCAGACUGUGUGGAAACUUCAUCCAUGCCAACGUUCCUGGGGGGUGGUGUCAAGUAUCAUAAUCUGUAGGAAAGCAGUGUGUCUUAGAAUGAAUCAUACCAUCAACAUGGUAGUGCCAUUUCAUGGCCCUGGUCUUUGCAACCCUAGGAAACAUGGUGAAGAUCUAAGUGAAAGGAGGGAAGAGCUUUAUGAUGAAAGACAUUUGUCACAUGAUGAAUUAGGGCACAAUUGAAAGUGGGAAGGAAUUAUGUGAACUCUGAACCCUACGGUCAUGGAAUGAGUUAGGAAAGGAUGGAACAACAGUUUUGAUCCUAUUGUACAUUUACAAUCACGUGGAAAGUGUUUCAUGUGGGGACAGAUAGGAGGAGGAUGACAACAUGGGCAGAUUAUUGAAAAUCAUAGCCAAUAUUGGGCCUUAUCUGACAAAAGCUACUAUAACUCACAGGCAACAAAAUGAAGAAAGACAAGAACAGCUGCAGCAGGCAGAACUCACCUUCAGACACCAGAUCGCAGUUCAUGAGAAUAAUGCUCAGGACAACUGGGUCAAGCCUCAGAUCUGGGAGAGGGAAAUGGCAGAGCAGAGCCAGGAGGUCGCCCACUUGAAACACAGACUGGAUGUGAUGGAAGGAAAGAGGCUGCUUGAGGGAUACAGGAGGCGGAGAACAAUGCCUGGAAGUCCAGAGACGCAGAACCCUCUGAGGAGAGGGUCCUUAGCAGAUCCAGAAACUGGUGCAACCUCUGUGAGUUACAGCAGCUCUGACUGUACGAAGAAUGCAGACAAGGACAAGGUCCUGACAUCUUUUAAGAAGAAGUGAGAUAGAAUGGGCUGGACUAUAAAUAAAACUGCUGCUGGCAAGGAGAAAACAUGAGGGGUUGCUACCAUAAAAUCCCACCAUGAAAACUUGAAAAGAAAAAUGCCUCAGUGAUUGAUUUGAGAAGAGGCAGGUAAAUAAAGCACACUGAUUCCAGGUACUGAGAGAAGUUAUCUCCUUCUUCCAUGGAAACCACCAGAGGACAGAACUUUCUUUUGGCUAGACAGUAAAGCAUGAGGAUGUAUGGCCUAGAACUUCCUCAGCAAUUGUUGAAAGAUGAGGUGAGCCAUUCUGGGAACACGGUCAAUGCCCAGAGGAGGCACACGACACAGAGGUAGAUUACUCGUGACUCCAUAAACUCUGGACCAAAGCUCCUCCGGAGGUUUUACAGUGAGUGAGCCAUUAAAUGUGUCUAUAUUUCUUAAGCUAAGUUGGAUUGAGUUUCCUGUUGUUUGCAAUCCAAGAUUCUUAGCUAAUGAGGAGAAGUCAGUCUAAUGUUGGCUCCUUUGGCAAGGCCAACACAGGAGUUCAGGCUAUUGAUUCUGUUUAUAAGGAGUUCAGAAUCAGGAAAGACGAAUACUUGGUGAAAGAGGUAAAACUAUUAGUUACGUCUUGGGGAAAGGCACAAGGGAGCUUUCCGGGUGGCUGGAAAUGCUCUGCAUCUUGACCUGGAGAGUGGUUACACAGGUGUAGACGUAUAUAAAUAUUCAUUAAUCUGUACACUUAGCAUUUGCACAUAAUAUCACUGCAUAUCACUGCACAUAUAUUAUACCUCAACUUAAAAAAAUCUUUAGCUAAUUGAGAAAGAAUAUUUGACCAAAAAUGGCGGCCAGACUGAAUUGUUGCUGUAGCUUCCAAUAGUACCAAGAAGCAAAUUGCUUUAUCAAACUUCAACAAAAAACCGUGUCAUCAGAUGCAUCUCUGGCAGGAGGGUAUCUGUAGAUGCAUGACAUAAUUUAGAUGCACACACUUUGGGAAAAAUCUCUGUAUACACAUCCAUACAUACAUCCAUACAUACAAUACACAUCUUAGGUGCAUAUGUAGCCUGUAUUAUAUAUGUGCAUGUAUAUGUAUAAAUGUACAUUUUUGAAUCUAUAUGCUCCUAGUAUGUGUGUAUGUGUGUACAUAUAUAUAUAUAUAUACACAUAUGUAUAUACACACAUACACAUACAUUUUGAGGAAUACACACACAAACACACAUGUAUAAACACACAUACAUAAUACAUUUGAGGAACAUACAGAGUCAAACCAAGAUGUAGUGACCAAAAAGAACUGUGCUAUGAAAUAAUUUAGUGUUCACUCUUGAAAUCAUUUUUUUUUUUUUGGUCAAAGGGCAGGAGUAGAUGUCAUAACUUUGAGCUUGUAUUGUUUCCAAAAGAAAGAAACAAUGCAAUUCACUGGCAUACUCAGUUGCUUCCAAACAAGGCUCGCCUCUGACAGACAAGUGACUCACAAAUUCAUCUUUUUACAUGAAAUUUAUGUUGCACUUAAUUUUUCUCAGGGCCAAAGCUAUAAAUAGAAAUCAGGUCAUUGUAUCAUGACAAUAAAAUUAUGAUUAUUUAUGCACAUUGGAGAUGAGAAAGCGACUUGCCUUCAUAAAUUACCUUUUUUCCAUGAUUCAUUGAAUUCUUCCUGACCCAUGAAUAAUGAGGUCCCUAAUUUCCUACAAAGAAUUGGAAAAAUGAAGACAAAUUGAGGGUGGGAGGAGCCUGGAGGAAAAUUAUUAAAUUAGGGAUUUACAUUUUUACAUAGUAAGUGUAUGGAGAAUGUUCCAUGGCAGUCUGUACUAAAUCGAUGCUGCAUAAUGUGGAAAAUAGCAGCCUGAUGAUUCUUUAUUUCCCUUGACAAGUGUAAAUGCUGUUAUUCUAACAAUGGCACCGAAUACUUUUUUGGAGACUGCUUGUUAUAUUAAAAAAAAAAAAAGCCUCCUUUAAGAAGCUCUUAUGUUAGUAGCAUGUGCAAUCCUACCAGCUUUCAUACACCCUCACUCAGCAAAAGUCUGUUUUGCCUGUCACAGGCUCUCUUUGCUCCUGACUGCAAAAUAAGCAUUUAAAAAUGGGGUUUUUAUUAAAAUCAUGAAAUGUUCAAAUAAAAUUGGACUGUGUGAAAUGCAACAUUCACCAAUGGAAAAAGUCCAUGAACAAGAAUAGUCCAAUGUUAUUAUAUAACAUCAUGGAAAGAAGAAAGAAAUGUUGACCAUUUUUCUUAAACUAGGUACCAAUAAAUUCCUUAAAAUGUAAGUUGCCGGAGUCAUCCUCUGUCUCCUCUAGAGAAUGAGAAAUAAGGAUGAUAAGCAUUAAUAGAAGAGAAAUGAGUAACACUAUUAUAAAAUAAUCUCACCAUUUUCUUACGCCAAUAAAUUCUAAAAGUGUCAUCAUCAUUUCCAAUUUUAUAGAAGGGCUGCAGUGUGAUAAAAUACAAAACAAAUAUGAGAUUUCUUUCAUUUUAAAAGUACGAUUGGAUCCACUAUAGGUAGAAUUUUAUUUUUUUUCUCCAACAAAAGGAAAACAAUAAGUGCAGUGAAAUGGAGAUCCUUGUUUAAUUAAAAAAAAAAAAAAAGAGGAUUUUCUGCUCUCACACUGUAAGAUCUUUGCAUUUCAGACUCUACUAACAUGACAUUCAUCACCAUUUGGGUAAGUGCUUAGUUAAAGUCUUCCCUUGUGGCUUCAGAUUGAGAACAGCAUCUGAUCAGCAGCCUUGGUUUCACACUGGCACAACUUCUCAUUAAAAUACAUAUGAAGACGUGGUGCGAGAUGAAAAAUCAGGGCAAUAACCCAAACUAGGACUGAUGGUCAACCUAAGCCAAUAUUUUAUAUAAAUUCCCACUUACUUAGUAAUGCCUUUUUAAUAGGAUGUGAAUGACCUUUAUCUGUCAGACCUCUCUGAAAUACCAGAUUAGACAUUUUAGUAAGCUAAACUAUGUCCCCUGCCUCCACCCUACCGGUGUUCUUUUGGAAGCAGACAUUGGUGGCAUUCUCCUUCCGUUCUUUCUAACUCCCUCUCUACCCCAGUAAGGUCUCUCUCUUUGACAUUGGGUAAGAGAUGAAAGCUCCCAGCAAUCAAAUGGGAGAAGACAAAGGAAGUGCCCCCCUGGUACUAGCUGAAAAUUGUACUUGUUCAUUUAUUUCAUGAAACACUUGGCAGUGGUAAUAGGCUAAGAUCACAUCGUGCUGCCAGAGAUGCACUUGAUGCAGGCAUCGAUAAUGGAGCUGGAAGCUGUACGUGUGAAUUUAUUUUCCCAGGUUAUAUCUUAGUCCUUCAUCAAGGCUAUUCGCACAAAAUAAGAGCCUCUAGUAAGACACUCAUAUGUUGAGGCACCUGGCUGGCUCAGUUGGUAGAGCAUGUGACUCUUGAUCUCAGGGUUCUUGAUUUCAGGCGAGUUCGAGCCCCAUGUUGGGUGAAGAGAUUACUUAAAAAUACAACCUUGAAAAAAGACCCUUGUAUGUUUAUAGCAUACAACUAGGAGUAUGGAUUGAGUGGCAAUCCCUACACCCUGGUGAAUAGCAAACAAAAGAUCAGAUGGACUCUGUCAUUCCUAUAGGCAAAAAAACAGACAACCUCAAAACCCCCCAGGAAUUUAUGAAAAAUAUGGCAGGAAGGGAAAAGAAACCAUUACCCUGGAAACUCAGAACUAGCCUCUGAAAAAAAAACCAAACAAAC